AUGUGUAUAUAUAUGUGUGCAGUUCGGAGCUAAUUCGUGUGAUUUUACACCCUUAUUUUGGUGUGUUUAAAUAAAUUAAUAAUCGUGGAUCGUCAAGAAUCGAGAUGCAAUAGAAUCUAAGUGCAACAAGCUAAUCAGUGUUUUUUUUAAUGUGGUGAUCUUGUGCACAUUUUGGGCCUUUUGUGUGUCAACUCGUAAAAUCCAACGAAAUUCUCGUCAGACGCACACUCUUCCUCACCAGAUUUAAUCUUCACGUAUCAAAAUUGAUAUAAGUAAAUAUGUUUUCAUUGAAAGUUGUAGAGAGAGGGAACCAAAUGAACUACGAAUUGAUGAUCUAUAUAGAAAAUGAUAUCGAGGAAUGGGAUAAGGGUAUUAUUGCAGCCAUCAAAAGGGGCAAUUUCUGGAUGAAACUGUCCAUUGAGCGCUAUAAUGUCGUAAAGAAUUAUUUUCAUUCGGAGUUCGUUGACGUGCCCGGGUCUGGGUCUGUCUCUGCAGACGACUUGGAUGAGUACGAGGACUUCAGCGACGAGUUGAAGCGCCUGUUCCUGCCGGGCGGCGAACCAAAGCUAAUGGAAUAUAAGCUCCAAUACGAUAUCAUCAAGUCGCCGAAAAAUUGUCAGAACAAGGCGCCAAAGAUGCGUCGUUUCCGCAAGAAAACCACCAAAACAGUGAUCGAUGAGUUGUUGGAAAUCAGAAAUGAGCUGUAUUCCCCUCAGCUUGCUUUAGUUAGCAAGGAAUUCAAGGUCUCCUAUCCAACAGAAGAGGAGGAUCCACAGGAAUUGUUACCAGAAGAAGGCAUAAAGGAAUCAAUCUUUUUCUAUGAAGCUCCUUUCAACAGAUCCCGCAGGCGUAGUUGGAAAGUGAAGUACUACUGAAGACAGUUCUGAUAUUCUGAAAAAUUGUAUCCAAAUUUUGGCUGUGGGUUUUGUACUGGACUGCGCCCUGAAUG